CAAACAUCAAUCGCUCGCCGUCGGGUUAUUUUACAUAUAUAUAUAUAUCUAUCGCCACCGCUUCAGGCCGUCUCCUCUGCAAUCUUCAUCACCAAAUCAACCCUUAUCGCCUGGUAAAAUCGAUUUUUUUAAAAUCAAUUCGCUCUCCUAUGAUGUUGAUCUGUUCCUACUGAAGUUAAAUCUCAUCUUUGUUCUGAGAUAGUUUCUGUAUUUAGGGUUUCAAGAUCCCCAAUUUCUGAUUAUCUGGUGCUGCUGAAACAAUGGGAAAGAGGAAAUCAAGAGCAAAGCCUGCUCCAACGAAGAGAAUGGAUAAGCUUGACACAAUCUUUAGUUGUCCUUUCUGCAAUCACGGGUCCAGUGUCGAAUGCAAUAUUGAUAUGAAGCAUCUGAUUGGGAUCGCAACUUGUAGAAUCUGUGAAGAAAGCUUUAGUACUACUAUCACAGCUUUGACUGAAGCUAUAGACAUUUAUAGCGAAUGGAUCGAUGAGUGCGAGAGGGUUAAUACUGCGGAAGAUGAUGUUGGGCAAGAAGAAGAAGAGGAAGUAGAAGAAGAAGAAGAAGAGGAAGAGGAAGAAGAGGAUGAUGAAGAUGACCGUGUCGCUGUCAAAAGGAAGUAUAACUUCUGAGACGAGUCUUUUAUCGACAAUCAUGUACUGUAAGUCGUUUUAGAGUUAUCUGCCUUAUGUUGUAAUAUCUAUCUGAGGACAUCACAAAGAACAAACUUUUGUGGUUUCUCAGCGUCUGAUAGAGAAACAUAACAAAAUAACAGUGUAUCAUGAUGGUUUGUAAGUGGAUUAAGGCUUUGCUUAA